AUGCCCCAAUUGAUUGAGCAGUGGAGACUUCAAUCCGCAGAGGGCAUAGCCAUCGGGUUCAUUUCCAUCUGGUUUUUGGGUGAUGUUUUGAACCUCAUUGGAUCCAUUUGGGCGGGUUUAUUACCGGAGGUCAUCUUUUUGGCUAUCUGGUUUUGCAUUGCUGACUCCUUAAUGAUCUUCUCUUACAUUUACUACACCAGGAUUUUCCCCAAGCACCACAGACGCAGAUCCUCACACCGUAAACACUCCCAUAACUCGUCCCAUGAAGUACACGAAUCGUCUCUGGGUCAAGAAAAUGCUCCACUUUUGCGCAGAAGAUCGUCUACACUCACAGAUAUCGCCAUGGAACAGCCUUACAAAAAUGUUUUCGUGAGUUAUGUUCUUCCAAUUUUGUUUGUCCUCGGUGCUGGCACCUUGGGUUAUUUUCUCUCUGGAUCUUCUAGCGGUCCUUCUGAAGACAAUAAGCCAAUGACAUUGGGACCUCAGAUCGUGGGAUACCUUUCAGCAUUUUUGUAUUUGGGUGCCAGAAUCCCGCAAAUCAUACAAAACCACAAGAGAAGGUCUGUGGAAGGGUUGAGUUUACUCUUCUUUCUUUUAUCUACUCUUGGAAAUAUCACCUAUGCGGGACAAAUUUUGUUUUACAGAAGCGACUCGCAAUAUAUUUUGCUUAAUUUGAGUUGGUUAUUGGGGUCAAUUGGCACAAUUCUGGAAGAUAUUUUUAUCUUUUUGCAAUUCUACAUGUACAAGGACUCCAAGCACGAAGCUGUGGCCGGGGAUGCUUAG